AAUUUUGCCCCUGGAUAUGUUUUUAGAUUAGAUCCAUCUAUUUCACGGUUGCUGCACUCCCUCUUAUUCACUCACUCAUUCUCUCUCCUCCAUUGAAGCCUACUCUGAAUCCUCCAUUAAAGCAGCUUCAUUUCUCAGAUUUGAUAUAAAGAUAUGAGAGGAGGGCUAUGGCAAUUUGGGCAAUCAGUUACUAAGCGUCUUGCUCAGGCUCAUAAGAAAGCUGUUACACGCCGAUGUUUUUCCAGUGAAGGAGACCUCAAGAAGACAGCUCUUUAUGACUUCCAUGUUGCAAAUGGUGGGAAAAUGGUGCCUUUUGCUGGUUGGAGCAUGCCAAUUCAAUACAAGGACUCAAUUAUGGAUUCUACUGUCAAUUGUAGAGAGAAUGGAAGUCUCUUUGAUGUCGCUCACAUGUGUGGGCUGAGCCUUAAGGGGAAGGAUUGCAUUCCUUUCCUUGAAAAACUUGUUGUUGGUGAUAUUGCUGGGCUUUCUCCUGGCACUGGAACCUUGUCAGUUUUCACAAAUGAGAAGGGUGGAACAAUUGAUGAUUCCGUCAUCACCAAGGUUAAAGAUGAUCAUAUAUAUCUGGUUGUGAAUGCGGGUUGCAGAGAUAAGGAUCUGGCACAUAUUGAGGAACAUAUGAAAGCUUUUAAGUCUAAAGGUGGCGAUGUCUCAUGGCAUAUUCACGAUGAGAGAUCUCUUCUUGCCCUGCAGGGCCCACUUGCUGCCCCUGUUCUUCAACAAUUGACGAAGUAUGAUCUAAGUAAGUUUUACUUUGGACAAUUUUGUAUGACAGAUGUCAGUGGAUUCCCCUGCUAUCUCACUAGGACAGGAUAUACUGGUGAAGAUGGGUUUGAAAUUUCAGUUCCCGAUGAGAACGCUGUGGACCUUGCAAAGAAAAUUUUAGAGAAAUCUGAAGGAAAGGUAAGACUCACAGGGCUGGGUGCUCGAGACAGUUUAAGGCUAGAGGCUGGACUGUGUCUAUAUGGAAACGACCUUGAGCAGCACAUUACACCUGUUGAGGCAGGGCUAACAUGGGCUAUUGGAAAGAGGAGGAGGGCAGAAGGCAAUUUCCUUGGUGCAGAAGUAAUUCUCAAACAAAUUGCUGACGGUCCAUCAAUAAGGCGUGUAGGAUUUAUAUCUUCAGGACCACCUGCUAGAGGUCACAGUGAAAUUCAGAAUGGAAAAGGAGAAAACAUUGGUGAAAUUACUAGCGGAGGAUUUAGCCCCUGCCUUAAGAAAAACAUAGCCAUGGGUUAUGUGAAGUCCGGGAACCAUAAGGCUGGCACCAAAGCUAGCAUUUUGGUCAGGGGAAAGCCUUAUGAAGGAGUCGUAACUAAAAUGCCGUUUGUGCCUACAAAAUACUACAAGCCAACUUAAGAGAGUAUCUAUGUGCCUGGUCCCUUAAUGUGUUCCCAUCCUUUAACAUGUUCAACAUAAUUCAGCCUUGGAAUGGUUUUCCUGUUCCUGAAAUUUCUAGCCAAACUGUAAAAUUUGUCACUGCUACAUUUGUAGUCCUAGUUUGAAAUUCUUUAUGUUGCAGAGAGGUAUCGAUGGCUAAAUUCGAGUUGCUUCAAAGAUGUGGUGCCUGUCAUGCAUAAUAUUAAGAAACGUUGCAUAAAUA